CGGGUAAAGCAGUGGAAGAAGAAGAAACGCUGUACCACCGAAGAAGAGGGCCGCCACAAUCCGGAUUUGACGCAGUUAGCGACAUCCCGGGCGGACCGGGCCCGGCUCCGUGAUGUAAUAUUGCACUUUGGAUGCUGCUGCAUGAACCUCCGUGUUGUGUGUUGGAUUCACGCGAACACCGACCAAACGAGCUUUCGACACGAUGGCGACGGGCGUCGUCAAGACAUUCGCGGAGACGUGUCAUUCUCUCCAGGACCCCCGCCUGGUGGCGAGGUUCCAGCACCUCUGCGGGGUCCGGGGCACGUUUCCGGAGAAGGCGAGCGUCGAACCGCAGGACGGCGACGGCGACGGCGAUGACCGCCCCGAGCUACGAAGGAGGAGCCCCGGGGACGACGCCAGCAACGGGGCGGCCGUGCACGCCAACGGGAAGGCGAGCGAGCCCGGGCCCGAGGACGAGAGCUCCGCCCGGGCCAAGCCCCUCCGCAGGAACUCGCUGACCGGCGACGUGGGCCAGGAGUUCCUGAUCCGCAACAAGUUCCUCUUCUAUCUGUUCACCUUCGGCACGGAGCUGGGCAACGAGAUGUUCUUCAUCGCCUUCUUCCCGUUCCUCUUCUGGAACGUCGACGCCCUGGUCAGCCGCCGGCUCAUCGUGGUGUGGGCCUGGAACUUGAUGGUGGGCCAGUCCACCAAGGACAUGGUGCGCUGGUCCCGGCCGGCCUCGCCUCCCGUGGUCAAGGUGGAGGUCUUCUACAACUCCGAGUACAGCAUGCCGUCCACGCACGCCAUGACGGGCACCGCCGUCCCCUUCGGCCUCUUCAUGCUCACCUACGGACGCUGGCAGUACCCGUUGGUGUUGGGUUUGUGCGUGGCUCUGUGCUGGAGCGUGCUGGUGUGUGUGAGCAGAGUCUACAUGGGCAUGCAUUCGGUUCUGGAGGUGAUAACGGGCUUCUUGUGCAGCCUCCUCAUCCUGGCCUUCUUCCAGCAAACUUUGGACAAGAUCGACGACUUCUACAUGACGCACGCGUACGCGCCGCUCGUCAUCGUCGUGUCGCACGUCGGCCUCGGACUCGUGGCCUUCUCGCUGGACUCUUGGAGCACCUCCCGGGGGGACACCGCCCAGGCGCUGGGCACCGGGGCCGGCGCCGCCCUGGCCACCCACGUCAACUUCCGGUUGGGCCUGACGGCGGACCCCCCGGCGUCCUCGCUGCCGUUAGCCGCGCCCUCGCUCGUUGCCGGCGCGGCGGCCCGCUCCCUGCUGCGCUUCGCCGUCGGGGUGGCCGUCAUCCUGCUCACCCGGACGGCCAUGAAGGCGCUCGCCAUCCCGUUCCUGUGCCGACUGGCCGGCCUCCCCGCGGACGACGUGAGGCGGGCGAGGCAGCGCGUGGCCGUGGAACUGCCGUACCGCUACAUCGUCUACAGCGUGGUCGGCUUCACGUGCGUGUGCGUGGUGCCGCUCUUCUUCAAGCUGGUAAACCUGGCGUAAGCGCUGUCCCGGCGGUGUUGUCGUGCACUGCUGGAUUUCUUACCCACCGAUAUACGGGGUGAAUGCCAAUCUGGUGAUAUUUGAGCGUCGUCCUGAAAUUUCUCCCGAAAGCCCCAUAUCCCUGGCUCUUUGUGAUUAUUUGAUUAUGCUUUAUAGCACUAUUUUAAAAAAGUUCCCAGGUGUCUUAACAAAAUGUAUUAAUCAAAAUACUACAUAAAGAAUGACGGCACACUUAAUAUCCACUUGUACCACUCCGUUUGACAUCACUCGGUUUUGGGGGCGUGGUCCUGGCUCGUGCAAAUGCAGAGUACGGCCUUCGUCACCAUGACGACCGGGGGCAGACCUUGGGUGUUGUGAAGAAGCGAUGGCUUCUCGAUGCUUAUCUCAGAUGCUCACCCCUGUGUGUCCAGACCGCAAAUAACUGAAGCAUGCGCGAGUGCUGCCGCUGACCAAAUGUAACCAAAUAUCCACCCUGCGCAUGUGUAGAAACUCGGUCUGGGGUCGGUUAUUUUGAAUAUGAGUCGCGUUGCGGCCUCGCAAUUGAGCAAAAUUCAGAACGGCCCGUCGCGGACAGACUUUCCGAAAUGGGCAGAUGAUAAACAAUUGAGUCGUUUUCUUUUUCAGAGACCCAACUAUUUGCAUAAAAACAAUUUUCAUAAAAUUGUAAAUAAAUAGGUCUUGUCUUGACACACACCAGAGAAGAGUCAUUAACAACCCCUUUCAAAUUUGGAUGAUUACAAAAAAAAAAAAUCAAUCAUAUGAAAUGAGACUGAAAAAUCAAGCCGUAUUCUCCUCUCAAACGUUGUGGGCGUGUCCACUGAAUCUACUGAAGCCAUGCCUGCACAACUGUCAACUGUCAAUCAAAUACCACUUCUGCGAACUGGAAAAUGGACGUCAGUUUGUCGAGCAUCUUUCUUAUGUCUGUGCAUAACUAAAUGUUUAGGCCAUAGAAAUAUAUCUAUAUAUAUAUUAAAGCAUCCCGUGGCUGGAAUAUAUUCAUCGCGGGGGGCUUUACCACACCGUGACAACGAGGCGCUCUAAAGUGGCCAUGCCAUCCUGAAGCCCCGGUCCACACACUGGCUGGGAAGUCUGACGUUUUCGUUAAGAAUAAAAUCUUCCUUCCUCCGUCUUUCUCUGCGUGACGUGUGCACUCACGGCCGACAACGAGGCGCUCUAAAGCGGCCAGGCCAGCCUGAAGCCCCUGUCCACACGCCGAGUGUCAAGUCGGACUUUUAAAAAAAAAAAAAAAAAAAAAAAAAAUUCUCCCUUCCUCAUUCUCCCAUCUUUCUGUGUGUGUGCAUGCACUCAAUGCUGACAACGUGCCGCUCUGAUGCGGCCUAGCUGGUUGCUGAUGCAAAUGAAGGGGCUCAAGUUCUUCUAUGGUGGGGGAGGGGCGACUCGGGUCGCACUCCAAAGUGCGUCACGCAGCACCGUUUCAGCUGCGCUCCCAAAGAAUCAAGAAAACUGAAAUGGCGUAAAACCUUUUGCACAUAUUUUCAGCAAUUAUCUUUAAACAUGUAUCAUACAGUAUUUAGAUAGAAAUCUCAGAAUACACUUUACAGGGUCUUGAAGUGGAUGACGCUGCUGUUAAUACAGUACUGGAAAUAGUCUGAAAAAUGCACAAUGUAAACAGCUUUAAAAAACAAAAAAAACAAAAAAAAACUAACAAGCACUUGAGAACACACUGGCAAAAGAAGGAAACCAGACACACAUGGCUGC